AUGUCUCCGCAAGACAACCCGGGCCGCCCGGCCAACGACAAGCCUGAAGGCUUGUCCAAGUAUCUGAAGCGCAUGAAGACCGUACUGCGCCCACGCUCCGGCUCUAAGCGUCAAUCAAUGACUACCGUCCUCGAUGUCGGCCAAUCCAGCACUGCAGCAACCCCAGCCAUAGACCCGACCCCAAAGCCAGUGGUCGAACAACCCGCUAUGCUGGCCGACUAUAGCGUUACGCAGCAGGAAAAGGCCCGCUCUCUCUUCUCUAAGUACGGCCUCACCCUCGAGCCUGGCGAGUGGAAGUCUCCUUCCGAUCUGCAACUCGCCCGAGUCACCAAGCCGAUUCGCAUGCGCGUACGCCGCACUUGUCACCGCUGCGACACCACAUUUGGCCCGGACAAAGUCUGUAUCAAUUGCCAACACCCACGCUGCAAGAAGUGCCCGAGAUUCCCACCGCACGAGCAAGGCAAGGAUGCAGAGCAGCCGCGUACCCCCAAGCCGCCUAAGAUCGCCGAGAUCCGCGCCCUCCAGCGUGGUCCAUCGCUCACCCAGCACUUCAAGUUGACUGGCGAUCCUAGUGCGCCGCUGAAGGUGCAGUCCCGCUCCGGUGGUCAGGAUCUGAUCCGCAAGACUGUGAGGCAGCGUGUGCGAAGACACUGCCAUUCUUGUGGGACGACCUUUGGCGGCGGGUCCAAGGAAUGCGAGAAUUGCAAGCAUGUCCGCUGCAAAAAGUGUCCCCGCGACCCAGCCAGGCUGGACAAACACCCCGAUGGCUAUCCUGGCGAUGUCGACCCGCCGCCAGAGCCGCUGAAGCUGAAGGCCGAUCGGACCUACAGAAAACCUCGUCAUCGAGUCCAUUACAUAUGCCAUGUCUGCGAUACGGGAUAUAAUGAGGGAGCGAAGACUUGUGGGAAGUGUGGCCAGGCGAAGUGUGCGGAAACUAGACGAAUUCCGCCAAAGAAAGUCAAACGAGAACCGGACCCCGAAGUCCUACGGCGCGUCGAGGACAAAAUCGCAGCCUUGAAUAUCCAG